AUGGACCUUCAUCAUCUAAAGGAACAUGGUUUAAAGGAAAUGAAAAUAGUCACUAGUAAUAUGGAUACAAUUCGCAAGGUAAUGCGUCAAGAAGCCUUAAGAGAGGAAGCCAUAAAAAGCAUGGCUAAACGGCCUGGCUAUGGCAAGUUCGGACGACAAACUCAACUUCUUACUAACUACUUUGAAGUUAAAAAGAUCGCAAAUAAAGCAUAUUUUGAAAAGUAUGAGAUCUCAAUGAAAUUGCAACCUCAACAAAGGCCCGAGGGCGAAGGUUCCAAUCGCAGAAAAGUUACUAAACAACCAAAACAGCUUCCACCUCACAUCCAACGCGCUAUAUUUCAACAAUUAGAAAAACAAGAACGUAACGGGUGGUUCAAAGGAAUUGGCGUCGUUUUUGAUGGAAACGCGACCGUGUAUUCUACAGAUCUCUUAAAUUUGAAUUCUGAUCAUGGGACAACAUCGGUCAUUCUUAAGGAUGAUCAGGACUUUAGAGGGAAUCCUACCGAGUAUAAAGUCGAGGUUCGCAGGGUUGAUAAAGUCGACAUAGAUGAAUUAAAAAAAUUUCUUGAAGGCAAAGAAAUUAAAUGGGAAUAUUUUGAUUUAGCCGGCCUUAGAGGACUUAAUGCACUAAUACAUCAUAUGCCGUCGAUGAAAUAUACUCAGUUUGGUGAAUCCACUUAUUUACCUUCGACGCGUAAAUCUUUGGGUGGCGGUGUAGAACUAUGGAUGGGUUGGUUUGAAAGCGUAAGGCCUGGACAAGACAGCUAUUUUGUUAAUGUUAACACUACUUAUACUGUUUUUUACGAGCCGGGACCUUUGCACAAUCUAAUUACUAAGUAUCUUAAAUUAGACAGCACUCCGGAUCGAUUCAAUCAACAACAACAAGAUAAAGUUACCGAGCUCGUUCGUGGAUUGCAAUUCAAAGUCACUCAUCGCCCUAAAGUUAGUACACGAUUCAAGAUUAAAAAGCUAUGCUCCACUAAUGCGCGCGAAAACAUGGUUGAUAUUCCAGAAUCUGGUGAAAAAAUCAGUAUUUAUUCAUAUUACCAACGAAGAUAUAAGAUAAAUUUAAACUAUCUACAUCUCGUCGAACUUGAAGGUCGAAAGAAUGACAAGAUCCCAAUUGAAUUAUGUAAUGUUAUUGAGGGUCAACGCUUUCCUGUUGCAAAGCUAUCUAGCGCUCAAAGAGGACAUAUGAUUAAGCAUACAGCGUUGCGUCCUCAAGAAAACAUGGAUAGAAUUAAUGAAGGUGUUCGGAAUGUCCUACAAUUCGAGAAAGAUGCUAAAUUGAAAAAAUUUGGAAUGGGUGUUGAAGAACAAAUGGCAACAAUUCCAGGCAUUUAUAGUUUAAAUAAUAAUAAAGCUUAUUCUCCCAAAGUAUCAUAUCACAUAACAUCCAAAGCAGGUGGCACCGUUAAACCUCGUGAAGGUGGAUGGAAUCUUCGCGAUCGAAAGUUUGUCAGGAGUGGUAAAACGCUUAAAUAUUGGGUGGUAGUUGCAUUUGUUCAGCAACAAAAGUUAUCAAUUCCACAAGCCAAACAAUUUGUAAAAGAACUUGUAAAUACAAGUCGAAGUCAAGGAAUGGAUAUUGCGGAAAGUAAUCCAAGAGUCAACUACGUUAGACCCAAUGGUGAACCACAUACCUAUCAACAUCAUGUUGAGCAAGAAUAUAAUAACGCUAAGGCUUAUCUAAAGAACGAUCCUCAAUUAAUGUUAUUUAUUCUUCCUGAUGAUGACGAAAAACGAUAUCGAGCAAUCAAAUACACUGCAGAUACAGUUCUUGGCGUCCCUUCACAAUGUGUCCAAGUUGACAAAGUUGGAAGAACAAGUAAACAAUAUUGUGCAAACAUUGCAUUAAAAAUAAAUUUAAAGCUGGGAGGAAUAAACCAAUCUCUUGAAGAUACUGAAAUACCUCUUUUCGCAAAAGAGCCGGUAUUACUGCUUGGUGCCGAUGUCACACAUCCGACUGGUGGACGUGCUGGUCCUUCAAUUGUUGGUUCACUCGAUCGUCAAGGCGGUCGUUUUACCCCAAAACUCGAAAGUCAAAAAACCAGGCAAGAAAAGAUUGAAAAUAUGGGUGGCAUGGUAUUUGAAAUUUUGAAAGAUUAUCGUGAUAAAAAUAGUAUUUUUCCACGACGAAUUAUUAUGUAUCGAGAUGGAGUGUCUGAAAGUCAAUUUGAAAUGGUGUUGACUCAUGAACUCGAACAGAUUAAAGGCAAGCUACUUAUACAAUUGUCAGAAGAGAAUUAUAGACCUCCAAUAACUUUUGUUGUCGUAGGUAAAAGACACCAUACACGAUUUUAUCCACAAAAUGAGCGUGAUGCUGACAGCAAAGGUAACUGUGUUGCUGGCACAGUUGUUGACCGGAAAAUAACACAUCCAUAUUUAUUUGAUUUUUUCCUACAAUCACAUUCGAGUUUACAUGGAACAUCACGGCCAGCACAUUAUCAUGUCCUUUUUGACGAGAAUAAUUUUAACGCCGAUAGUAUGCAAGACUUGACAAAUAAGCUCUGUUACAAUUAUCAACGUGCAACGCGAUCAGUAUCGAUCUCACCUGCUGCUUAUUACGCACAUUUGGCUGCAAAGCGCGCACGAUUACAUUUGGAACAACAGCAACGUGGUGAAACAGAAUUUGUUCUGAAGGAAGUUAAGGAAAGCUUAGCUAAAGUCUGA